CAUUCCCAGACGCUGUAACAUGGACCAUUCCAGGCCGACCCACUGCGCUGCUGUGUCGACCGCCUGCUAAGUCCCGCUAGAACAAAGUCCCCAAACCCUCCGCCCCCCGCCGCCGCCGUCUAGCUUUAGCAUCCCUCCGACGAGCAGCAGCCACCACGGAGCGACGCUUCGGCGGGAAGAUUGUAGGACAGGAGUCCAAGCAUCUAGCAGCUUGUUAGCUACAAAAUGAACAAGGGGAAGAUUUUCAAGUUGGCAAAGGGAUUUAGAGGAAGGGCGAAAAAUUGCAUAAGGAUAGCACGGGAGAGGGUUGAGAAAGCCUUGCAAUAUUCCUACAGGGAUAGGCGUAACAAGAAGAGAGACAUGCGGUCCCUAUGGAUUGAGCGCAUCAAUGCUGGUACACGACUGCAUGGGGUGAAUUAUGGCAACUUCAUGCAUGGAUUGAUGAAGGAGAACAUCCAACUGAACAGGAAGGUGCUCUCGGAGCUGUCAAUGCAUGAGCCAUACAGCUUCAAGGCACUUGUUGAUGUAUCUCGCACUGCAUUUCCGGGGAACAGGCCACCUGCCCAAAAGGAAGGUCUAGCAGCUAUUCUGUGAAACAGCUUGUCCAAUAAAUCACACUGCUGCCAUGACGGUCUUCCGUUUUCCCUUCGUUGCAACUGAAAGUUAUUACCAGUCCACCAAUAUCUUGUAUUCGGGAGGUGACUCAUGUAAUCUCUUUUUGCCAUUCCCUGUGGUAUUCUCUUUAGCAGGAACACCUUUUCAUUGAAUUAUUGCUCAUUUGGCCCCUUUCUGUUGGUCUUAUAGAGAGAGGUCUCUGUGUUACAAGUUACCAAUGUUGAUUGUUAAUUCUGUAGCAAUAUGAUAGAGAUCGGUGACCCUUGUGUUGUGCUCAUCUA